CCGCCCUCGGCGGCGCGCGCGCGGUCUGAUCGCUGACGGGAGGGGCUGUGGGCAGAUCGCGCUGGCUCAGGCUGAAUACGUCCGGCUGUGCGGGCUGUUGCCCCAGGCAAGGAUUGUCUGCAGCCCUUGGUCCUUUCCUUGGUCUUUACCGGCAAUAACUCUCUCGAAACCGACUGAUCCGCUGCCGGAAAGAGGACCGAUAUUCAAGACCCCUUCAUCUUCCUUCCAGUGGACAUCGAGCCUCGCAUCGGCCGCAUCCGCGGGUGGCGGUUUUGCCAGGUGUCACAUUGAAAAAUGUCUAAUGGACAGGACCGGGUAGUUGCCCUACUGGACAUGGACUGUUUUUUUGUUCAGGUGGAGCAGCGGCAAAAUCCUCAUCUGAGGAAUAAACCUUGUGCAGUUGUGCAGUACAACUCAUGGAGGGGUGGCGGAAUAGUUUCAGUAAGUUAUGAAGCUCGUGCAUUUGGGGUCACUAAAAGCAUGUGGGCAGAUGAUGCUAAGAAGUUAUGUCCAGAUCUUCUCCUGGCACAAGUUCUUGAGUCCCGUGGAAAAGCUAACCUCACCAAGUACCGGGAAGCCAGUGCGGAAGUGAUGGAGGUAAUGUCUCGUUUUGCCAUGAUUGAACGGGCCAGCAUUGACGAGGCUUUUGUGGACCUGACCAGUACUGUACGAGAAAGACUGCAAAAGCUCCAAGGUCAGCCUGUCUCAGCAGACUUGUUGCCAACCACCUACAUUGAAGGGUUUCCCCAAGGCCUUACAACAGCAGAAGGGACUGUUGAGAAAGAGGAGAUGCGAAAACAAGGCUUAUUGCAAUGGCUUGAUUCUCUUCAGUCUGAUAACACCAGCUCUCCAGAACUACAGCUCACUGUGGGAGCAGUGAUUGUGGAGGAAAUGAGAGCAGCCAUAGAGAGGCAGACUGGUCUUCAGUGUUCAGCUGGAAUUUCACACAAUAAGGUCCUGGCAAAACUGGCCUGUGCACUGCAUAAGCCCAACCGGCAGACCCUGGUCUCACAUGGGUCAGUCCCACAAGUCUUCAGCCAGAUGCCUAUUAGCAAAGUCCGUCAUCUUGGAGGAAAGCUAGGGGCCUCUAUCAUUGAAAUCCUGGGGAUAGAAUAUAUGGGAGAACUAACCCAGUUCACAGAAUCCCAGCUGCAGAGUCAUUUUGGGGAGAAGAAUGGAUCUUGGCUAUAUGCCAUGUGCCGGGGGAUUGAACAUGAGCCAGUUAGACCCAGGCAAGUAACCAAAACCCUUGGCUGCGGCAAGAACUUCCCAGGGAAAACAGCUCUGGUUACUCGAGAACAGGUACAAUGGUGGCUUUUGCAGUUAGCCCAGGAACUAGAGGAAAGACUAACCAAGGACCGAAAUGAUAAUGACAGAGUGGCCACUCAGUUGGCAGUGAGCAUUCGAGUACUCGGAGACAAACGUCUUAGCAGCCUGCGCCGCUGCUGUGCCCUUACCCACUAUGAUGCCCACAAGAUGAGCCAGGAUGCAUUUGCUGCCAUCAGGAACUAUAAUACUUCAGGGAUUCAAACUGAAUGGUCCCCUCCCCUUACAAUGCUUUUCCUAUGCGCUACUAAAUUCUCUGCCUCGUCAGCUGGCACAGACAUCACCGUCUUCUUGAGCAGUGACCCAAGUUCUCUGCCAAAGGUGCCAGUUACCAGUUCAGAAGCUAAGACCCAGGAAAGUGGCCCAGUGGGGACAGUCACUAAGAAAGCAACCAAUUCUCUGGAGUCAUUCUUCCAGAAAGCUACAGAAAAGCAGAAGGUCAAAGAAGCUUCACUGUUACCUCUUACUGCCACUACUCAGACCCCCGUGAGCAAUUCACCAUCCAAGCCCUCAUUACCUUUCCAAACCAGUUCUACUACAGGAUCUGAGCCCUUCUUUAAGCAGAAGACUCUUCUUCUAAAGCAGAAACAGCUUAAUAAUCCUUCAGUUUUCUUCCUUCCACAAAAACCACAGUCCAGCCCUAAAGAGCUACCAACAGAGUAUCCAGAUGGUGGCCCUGCCUGUGAAAAUGCAUUGAAGCUAGAUUCAGCCCAGGCAACUCCUGCAGAGGUGGAUUUGGCCCAGAACAGCUCUUUAACUUCCAAGUCUGCUCUGGAGGCAACCGCUACCCUCAGUCUCCUAGCUGCCGAGGACCAAGUCCUCUGUGAGAAGUGCGGCUCUCUGGUACCUGUCUGGGAGACGCCAGAACACUCAGACUAUCAUUUUGCGUUGGAGCUGCAGAAAUCCUUUUUGCAGCCCCACUCCUCAACUUCCCAGGCUGUUCCUGCCCGAUCUCCUCAAAGCAAAAGAAAUCCCAAGAGCCCUUUGGCCUCCAGUCACAAACGCCCUAGGCCUGAGGGCAUGCUGACAUUAGAAACAUUUUUUAAGCCAUUAACACACUAGAGAGCUGCCCUCAGGCUUGCUGCAGGGUUUUAAUAUUUGUAGCCUAAAAGGUGGAAAUAUAUUCAUAUCUCAAGGAAAUUUGUAACUUUAUGAAAUUUAUAAUAAGAAAAAUAAGCUGGUUAGAUGCUGAGUUAAGCUCCCAUCUCUUUAUAGGUGUGGAUUCUAAUCCUAUUGCUGACAGGGAUGUAAAAACUUACCUUCCAGAUAUACAACUGAUUUGAGUUUUUGCUAGCCUUUAGGGAAGCAGUGUCAUACAGUUAAAAAUGUCUGGGCCUCGAAACCCAAGAGAUGUGGUUCCAAACCUGACUCUGCCUCUUAGAAUAUGGCCUCGAAUAAGUCACUUUCCUCACUUCCCCUCAUCUGUCAAAUUAAGGUAAUACCUUAGACUACUGAAAAUUAAGAAAAAGUGUUGAGAAUAUGGAGUCCAUUGGCCCUUCUACCUCUUGCAUUUUAUCUUAAUGUAGAAUGAGACUGUUACUGGACCAGUUUAGGAACUCAGUUUAGAUUGGGUAAGUUGUGAUCAGAACUACAUCUCCAGGACUUUGGUUACUCUGAGUGUGAUUCUGAGAAAGAGUAUGAGCACCAACAGGGAACUUGAUAGAAAUAGUCUCAGCCUUACUCCAACCCCAACUGAAUUCGAGAAAUACUGACCUAGAAGAUAUCAGCCCACCUGGUUUGUGGAGGAUGGUGUCAUUGCCUUAAAUACAAAUUUAAUAAAAAGACAAGGACAAAAAAAAAAAAAACACAAAACACAAAUUUAAAAGCUAAGUGCUUGGGCUUUCUUAUCUCUUGCAUCUCAUCUGGUGUGCUCAUCUCUUCCCUAGUGAAGUGUGACUCUUUAGCUUAUGAUUUUAAAUGAAUUAUUGUAGCUUUUGGCACUUGUCCAUGCUUACAGUACUGUAUUCUUAGUCUUUAUUCUUAUAUGUGGAAAGUCAGAAGAUGAACUGAGUUGGUGGAAGGGUACACCAUACAUGUACUCAAGCCAGUAUUUUUAGGCUUAUUUGAACUUAUUUGUAAAUUGGGGGCCUGUAGUUUGAGGGGGAACAUUUGAAAACCACUGGGUCUAGCCAGAAUUUCCUCCAAAAGUACUUCCCACUUUUGUGGCAGUUAAAUAUCUAAUAAAAGACACUGUGGACAAGGCCCUUUUCAUACUAGAUUUGUAGAUUUCUUACAGGCAAGAAUUCUUCACCAUGUCUUACACAUAAUAGGUGCUGGAUAGUCACUGGAUGAAAUGUAUACUGAAAAUUUUACAUUACUAGAACCAGAAUAAAAAAAUUACAUACUA